AAAUAGAUUUCGAAAAGAGGCGUGGAGUCUCCGUCUCAUACAAGCCGAGUGCGCAGCAGGUGGGCGGCGGGCAUGGCUGCCGCGAGCUUCUCGGCCGUCGCAGUUCCCAUCAAGAGCGGCCGCUCUGCUGUGACCAUCCUCCGGCGGCUACUUGCAUCCGCUCGCCCUCUUCACUUCCUGGCUCAAUCCCAAUCCCCUCGCAGAGGGCUGUGCCAGGUCGCGCAUGCCGUGAAGCCGGUGGUCGUGGACUCGACCCUCAAAGGGAUUAGCGACAGAAAUAUAGCCGAGGCCGUAAAUAACAUUCUUGAAAUGGCAAGGCGGGCUACGACGAGAAGAGAGGUGCUUCACACAGACUUUCUCACUCCACCUGUUGUUAAGGAGUCAAUUUUGGCGCUAGAAAAGCUGGCCGAUGUCAAAGCAGUAUCUCAGGGUGGUUAUCCACAGGCAGAACGUUGCCGCCUGUCUGUUGGACAUCCAGAUGACAUGCCAACUGACCCAGAUGUUGUUGCUGCUUUGAGCAUCACAGGGAACUUCACGUUUGAUGCUUGUUCUCAUGGUGAUUUCCUCGGUGCAAUUCUGGGCACAGGGAUAGUAAGAGAAAAGGUUGGAGAUAUCUUGUUGCAGGGAGAAAAGGGAUCCCAAGUCAUCGUUGUUCCAGAGCUUACUGACUUUCUUAUGUCGACAUUGGAUAAGGUUGGUAAUAUUUCUGUGACUUGCAGGCCAAUACCAUUGCUCGCUUUAGAAUAUGAGCCACCGAAGACUAAAACAUUUAGAACUGUUGAAUCAUCGCUGAGGGUUGAUGCACUGGCUAGUGCAGGCUUCAAAAUAUCUCGCUCAAAACUUGUUGACUUGAUCAGCAAUGGAGAUGUGCGGGUUAACUGGUCACCAGUGAUGAAAAAUGGAACCACACUCAAGACAGGAGAUGUUGUUUCUGUUAGUGGAAAAGGGAGGUUGAAGGUCAGGUACUGCUGGACUUGAUGUGAAGACCGAUCCUUCUUCUAUGGUGGCGGCGGGUCGAUUCAGGCCCGGAAUGCAGCAUCUUGUGGAAUUAAGCGUCACAUGGGGCUACUCAAGGAAGGUACCACCAAUUUUUUCUUUUUGUGUGUACGCUAUAAGCUUAACAGCUGGGAACAGGAGGACUUGAUUGUCCCUUACAAAGACUGGGUCUCACUGGUGGCCUUCCUUGCAGUUUCAGGUCUUUGGAUUUGGUAUUUGAUUUGAGAUUUCAGAUGAGAAAGUUGGAUUCUUCACAUGUGACUUUGUCUUCAUCGUUAAAAUUGUCAUACCAUUUGCCUACUUAUACAGAUUGUUUAUGUGCGCUGUGAGUACAGCCCAAAGUUAGCACCUUAAAUUUAAUUGUGAUGAGAGAGAGAGAGAGAGAGAUGGUUGAUGGAGUCAAGGUCUGUGUUCCAUUUGUUUGUUUGUCGUCUUUACCCACUUUUCUUUUACAAGACGGAUUUGGUCAACCUGUUAAUUUCUACGUCAUGACUUUGGAGUGGGGCUCAGUUGACUCGUUCAUGCAUGACAUAAACGCAUGCAGUAAAUGUGCAUCGACCAGUAGGGAACGCUCUGAGUUGUGUGUAUUCUAACAUCUACAGUAAAUAUGGCAUCGAUCGAUUGUUAUGUAGGAUUAA